GUUCCGGACUCACACCCCACGGCCAUGUCCUGCUACGACCUCUGUGCCCCCACGUCCUGCGGUCCCACCCCGCUGGCCAACAGCUGCAACGAGCCCUGUGUGCGCCAGUGCCAGGACUCCACCUACGUGAUCCAGCCCUCGCCCGUGAUGGUCACCCUGCCCGGGCCCAUCCUCAGCUCCUUCCCCCAAAACACCGCCGUGGGAUCCUCGGCAUCCGCGGCCGUGGGCAGCACCCUCAGCGAGGAGGGAAUCCCCAUCAGCUCGGGGAGUUCCUCCUCAGGACUGGGGGGUUUUGGGGGAUUUGGGGGAUUUGGGUACAGCCGGCCCUCCCGCCGCUACACCUCCCGCCCUGGGGAGCCGUGCUAA